UUAAAAAAAAAAAAUCUACAGAUUAAUACUAAAUACUUAAAAAAAUAAAACAAAACAUAUCGAAUGGAUAACAGAGCUAAGGACCUACCUUCAUUUAUAAAAUAUCUUUUUAAGUAAAAUAGAUCUUUGCAGUUCAUCAAAAAAAAUCUCCACUCCAUAGAACUGAAGGCCUAACAUCAUUUAAGAAUUGUUGAUAAAACUAACUCUGAAAAGCCAUCUAUUGAAAUAAGAUGCUAGAAAAGUAAAUGCAGCUUUAAAAUUUCUUUUAAUAAAAAGAAUAAAAUUUUUUAGCUGUCUAAUAUAAAUCUAAAGCAUGGUCAUCCUGAAUCUAAUCCUUAUUUUGAACUUGAUCAUCUAAAGAAGCUAAUUGAAAAAUAAUCAAGUUAUAUUUUCUAAGAGUACUUUGUAAGUAGAAUUAAUCACGAAUAGAGAAGUUUGUAGCUACUAAGACCAUGCUUAAUACUAGAAGAUUUAAAAACAAAGAAUAUAUUUGCCUUAAACUCCAUACACUAAAAUAAAAAAUAUAAGGUCUAAUUGAAAAAAAAAUUUGAUAAUACUAUAUAAAACCUCCGUAAGGAAUUCAAAUAGCUUUAUCCUAAUAUACAAUGCAUUGAAGACUCAUUUCAAAUAGAUCGCUAGAACAAAUCUAAUAAUUAAAAACCAUAUUAUAAUAGUUAACUUAUCUGCCAAGAUGAGUCAUCUUAUUCUGUCUGCUAAUGCAGUAUUGACCAAUAAGAAGAUAGCUAUUCUGAAAAUACCACUCUUAUUAAUAAAGAAGAAGAUAGUGAAUACUCACAAUUAUCUGAAUAAACAUUUAGAUAGCAUUCUUGUAACUAGCUUAGUUAAACAGAACCUCAACAAAUAGAAUAGAUUAACUCUUAGAGAGAUCUAAUAUACUCAAGCUGUUAAUCUUAAAUGUUAAUGGAAAAACCCUUAAAAGCCAAUGAAUAAAGUUAAUUAUCUAAUACAAAUAUUAAAGAAAACACAUUUAAUUAAAAAAUUAAAAAUUCUAGUAUCUAAUUUAAUAAUUAAUUAAUUCAAUAAAGAAUCGAACAAUAAUAAAAUACCAAUGAUUAAAAAUCUAUUAAAUAAAAUACUUUUGAAUAUGAAACUAUAAUAAUAAAUAACUCUAAAAUAAUAUUAAACCACAAUAACAAAGAACAAUUAAAGUAAAAUUAAAGAAGCUCUUCUCCAUUUGGAUACUUUGAUUGGAUUUAACAAAACAAUAGAUAUUACUGA